AAAAAUUUAAUUAAUCUAUCUGUUUAACCAUCCAUCCAUCAACCAAUCCAUCCAUCGACAACCUAUCCAUUAGUGAUCAUCCUCCCAAUCACUACUAAUCACUCCUCCUCCUCCUCCUCCUCCCAUCAUCAACUCAUUCGUUAGCUAGUCUAUUUCCUGUCUGUCUUGAUCUUUCUUCCUUUGAAUCAAGCUUUUUUUUUUUCCUUUUGAUUCAUUUUCAACUUCGUUUCGUUUCGUAACUUGAAUCAAGGCUGGGUUCAUAUUAUUAUUAUUAUUAAUAUAUAUCCCUCCAACCUAUCCCUUUGCUAUAUAUCAUAUAGUAUUACCACACCCAUCUAACACCACCAUCCAUCCAUCUACCCACCACCAAUACUUCAGAUCUAUCACUUUAUUCUCAUCAUUGUGCUUCCCCUCCUCAUCCAUCAUACACAUAUAAUUCAAAAUGAAGUUCAAUUUACAUAUAAUAUUAUCCUUAUACCUCCUCCAAGUAGUAUCUGGAUUAUCUUACCUUAAAUCAUCCUCCUUAUUAACUUGUAUGGAUAAUUCUCAAUUCACCGCUUCAUUCUUUGAUGUCGAAUUUUAUCCUCAUAAUAAUACCGUUUAUUUCGAUGUUACUGCCUUAUCAAAUAUAAAUGCCAAAGUUGGUGCUUAUGUUCAAUUAAUUGCUUAUGGUAUAAAUGCCAUCACAAAAAAUAUCUCCUUAUGUGAUAUUAAUUAUCCUGAAGUUUGUCCAAUGACUUCAGGUCAUUUGGAUUUAUCUUCUCAAUAUACCGUAUCUGAUGAUGUAACAACUCAAAUCCCAGGUGUGGCUUAUGGUAUUCCAAACUUAGAUGCUACCGUCAGGGUAUUAAUCUAUGAUUUAGAUUCUUUCGAAGCUUAUGCUUGUGUAGAAGCUUCAGUAACUAAUGGUAAAACUGUUCAAACUAAAUAUGCUGCUUGGCCCAUUGCUGCUAUUGCAGGGUUAGGGGUUAUUACUUCAGGAGUAGUCUCCGUCAUUGGACAUUCUAAUACCGCUGCACAUAUUGCUUCCAAUUCCAUGUCAUUAUUUAUUUAUUUCCAAUCUUUAGCUAUUACUGCUAUGAUGGCUGUUGCUAAAGUUCCUCCUAUUGCAGCUGCUUGGGCUCAAAAUUUCAUGUGGUCAGUAGGUAUCGUUAGAGUUGGGUUUGUACAAGAUAUUGCUAAUUGGUAUAUUCAAGCCACGGGUGGAACUCCAACUGAUAUUUUAGAAGCUAAUUAUUUAUCAAUCUCAGUUCAAAAGAAAGUUAAACGUUCAUUUGAAUAUUUACAAGAAUUAUAUGAUUCUCAAGUAUUUGAACCAGUUCAAAAAUUAUCAAAAAGAGCCAUUAGUCUUGAUUCCGAAGAUUUCGGAUAUACUGAUGCUUUAGAUCCAACUUUAUAUACUACUGAUGAAAAGGGUAAUAUCGGUACCAGAAUUUUAGUUUUAAGAGGUAUUCAAAGAGUGGCAUAUUUAGCAGGUAUUGAAAUCACCAAUCUUUUCAUGACAACCAUUAUCUUUUUAUUAUUCUUUGCCUUUGUAAUGGUAGUAUGUUUAGGAUUAUUUAAAGCUAUUAUUGAAAUCUUAACUCGUGCUAAAAUCAUGAAUGAAGGUAAAUUCGGUGAAUAUAGAAAACAAUGGUCUUUAAUCAUUAAAGGGUCAUUAUAUCGUUUAUUAGUAUUAGCUUUCCCUCAAAUUGUUGUCAUGUGUGUUUGGCAAUUAUGGGAACGUGAUUCAGCUGGGGCCGUAGUGGUUGCUGUAUUUUUAUUAGUAUUUGCCGUUAUCUUAUUAUUCCAAGCUACUACAAGAGUUAUCUUAUUUGGCAAACGUUCUGUUAAAAAUUUCCAUAAUCCUGCUUAUCUUUUAUUUGGUGAUGCAAACUUUUUAAAUAAAUUCGGUUUCCUUUAUGUUCAAUAUCGUGCUGAUUGUUAUUAUUUCAUCUUAGUAAGUUUGAUUUAUAUCCUUUUAAAAUCAAUCUUUGUUGCUUUAUUACAACGUCAUGGUACUAUUCAAUCCGUCAUUGUGUUCGCUAUUGAAUUAUUCUAUUGUGUGGCUGUUUGUGUCAUUAGACCAUUCAUGGAUAAAAGAACUAAUGCGUUUAAUAUCGCCGUUACCGUGGUUAAUACCCUUAAUGCUUUAUUCUUUAUGUUCUUCUCUUAUAUCUUUAAACAACCUCAUAUUGUUGGUUCCGUAAUGGGAGUGGUUUAUUUCGUAUUGAAUGCUGUUUUUGCCUUAUUCUUAUUAAUCUUUACCAUUGUUACCUGUGUAUUGGCUUUGGUUUAUAAGAAUCCAGAUACAAGAUAUAAACCAAUGAAAGAUGAUAGAGUAUCAUUCUUACCUAGAUUUGAUAAUAAAACUGGUGAAGGAAAUGAAGCUGAUGAAGAUUUGGAAUUAAUGGCCUUAGGUCAAACCGCUAUGAAAGGUCAUGAACAUGGAGGUAUUCCACCAGUUGAUGAAGAUGAAGAUGAUGAAAGUCCUUCUCGUAAUAUCGGGGGAAAACCAUUUGAAGAAGAAUCAACUUAUGAUGAUGAUUACGAUUAUCAAAGACCAUCAUCCCACCCUUUAAACAAUUCAAAUUCAAAUACAUCCAAUUCCAAAUCAAAUUCAAAUUUCAAUUUUAAUAAUGGUUCAGGAAAUACUAAUAAUGAAUCAAACUCAGCUCGUAACUCAUAUUAUUUCGAAAAUGUCGAACCAACCCAACCUUCUUCAACCAUUCAUGGCUCAGGCACAACUGGUUUCAAUACAUCUUAUAAUCCAAGAAGUAAUUAUCAACCUUCAACUUCAACUCCGUAUCAAGCUAAUACUUCCUAUAGUAAUACUCAAAGUUAUGAAGGUAAUGGAAGUCGUUCAAACUUUAUAUAAGAAACAUUUUCUGAUUCAAAACUUCAACAUCAAUAACAUCAUUUUUACUUUUAAUUCGUGAUAUAACCUUAUACUUUUUUUGCUUUUUAGCUAUGCUUACCUUUUAUUUUUUAUAUAUUUAUUGUUU